AACGAAUCGGAACAAAUUUCAAUUUAAAUCACUGAAAAAUUGCUUCAAAAUACUCCAAAAUUGCUUCAAAUGUCUGAUAUUCGAGAAGAAAUUAAACAAUCACAACAAAAAGAGUAAGUAAUUUCGUUAGUUUUGUUCAUUUUUUGAGAUUGUAGUGCAAUUUUAUGUGUGAAACCUUAAUUUUGUUCAUUUUGUUGCGAUUGUAGUGCGAUUUUGCAAAAAACCACUACAGAGAAGAACAUGAAAGAAGAAACUGCAAAAUCGGAGCAAAAUGUAUCUAAAGAUAUGAUUUUGGAGAAAAAUACUUCACAGACGAGUAAUUUGUUGAAAAUUUCUGAAGAAAUAGACGAUGAUGAUGAUGUACCUCUUCAGUCAAGAGUAGACAAAUUGAAAAAAAACCGCCAAAAUGAUCCAAUUGUAGAUCCGGAACUUUUAAAAGAUAUUGACAAGUCAAUUGGUACGGAUUUAACAAUGUCUCCACUACCAAGUGAACAAAGUGAGAACAUUCCUGCUACUAAUGCAACAACUAAGAGUGUGUCUGCUACACAUAACACAACUGACAAAGAGAGUAGGGAUGAAAGCAAGCAAGAAGAAGUUCAACCAAAAGUGCAAAGCAAUCCAGUAAAGAAUAGUCUUGGCCAAAAAAAACCCAAAGAUGAUUCAAGAAUAACAACAUUAAAGGACAAGAUGCAAGAAAUACAUUUAGACAUAGAGAGAAACCCAAAAAAGUACAAAGAAUCGACAAUCAGAAUUAUGAGAAAUCUCAAAAGAAUGGAAAAGGCAAGCAAGGAAAUCAGGAAAGGUGAAGCAAAAAAGAAAGAAAAAGGGCCAAUAGAAGAGAAAACUGUGGAAAAAGAAGUACAAGAAGGAAAAAAAGGGACUGAAAAAGAGAAAAGCCCUAAAGACAAAACUGUGGAAGAUGUCUUUCCAAAGACAACAAAUGUAGAAGAAGGACAAGAGGGAAAAAAAGAGCCUGAAAAGGAGAAAAUCCCUAAAGAGAAAACAGUGGAAGAUGAGUCUACAAAGACAACAGAUCCGAAAGCACAAAUUGCACCUGAUUUUGUUCAAAUUGAGGAUGAAACUUAUCUUCUAGAUCAAGAUGAUGAUAAAGUUUCCACAAAACUUAGUGAGGAGACAGCUCCAUCAUCACAAAAAAGUGAUCAGUCAACCAAAAUGAAAACAAGAUACAAAAUGGUUGCAAGGAAAAACAAAAACAAAAGCCUUGUUGUUGUGCCAAGUGGUAGAAUUACAAGGAGCCAAGAUGUUCUGUUAGAUGAAUCUGAAAAGAGAAGCCUGAAGAAGGAUGUUGAACCUGCUAAAGAAACCGCAAAAAUAGGACAGAAGAGAAGAAUGUCUACAAGGAAUUUUCCUAUUCAAAAGGAAGCUGAUGCACCACCUCCAGCACCUACUCCAAUAAAAAAAAUGGCAGGUGCUCCUGCUGAAUAUCCUCCAGACCAAGGCAAAAAGGGUGGGAAAAAGAAAACUCUAGAAGAAGUGAAGAAAACUUCUAAGGUUGCUGGCAAAAGAAAAGCAGAUGUCAGUCCUGCCAAGAGAAAUGCUGGAAAGAGAAAAAAAAUACAAGAAGUACCAUCAGAUGAACCCUCUCAAGAUCCUACUGAUGAAAGUUCUACUGACAGUGAUGAUGAUAGUGAAGAGUCAGUUUAUAGAGCAGAAGAAGAGCCUGUCAGUGAGGAUGAUUAUGAGGUGGAGGAAGAGGAGGAAGAGGAAGAAGUAAAGCCAAGGAAGAAACAGGCAAAGAAAGGGAAUUCAGUGAAGGCAAAGGUUGAAAAGGAGGAGCAAAAGAUGGUACUGUAUGAUGAAGGAAAGAUUGAAGGUAGGAGAAAAAAGAAAAUGAAAACUGAAAUGGUUCAAGCAAUAGAAACUGAUGAAGUUGAGGAAAUUCAGGAAGAUGAAUUUGAGGAAGAGAAAUCUUCAAAGAGAGGAGGACAUGUGAAGUUCAUUGCAUGGAUAAAAAAGAUGACACCUACCCAAAAACAACAAAUUAUUGAUAUAGGGUUAGGAUCACUUCUUGACAUUAGUUUACCUCAACUUGAUCAAAAGUUCUGUAACUGGUUAUUGGGAAGUUUUGAAGAAAAUAGCCAGUGUUUUGAACUACCAAAGAAUGAAAAAAUAGAAAUUGAGGUAGAGGAUGUUAGGGUAGUUUAUGGCUUUCCUACAGGAGAAAUUCCAAUUGUUGAGCCAAAGUCUGAUAAAAUUAGUGAGGAGUAUGCAGAAUUUCUGAAGAAAUGGAGAAAAUCAUGGUCAGGAAAAACUCCAUCAGUGAGUCAGAUUGUGAAUGGAUACAUAAAUGAUAAAUUCACCAACAACAGACCACCAAGUGAACAUUUCAUUACUAACUUUUUAGCAGUGGCUGUGAACUGCUUGAUGAAAUGUGUAUCAAACAAUCAAUGCCAUUUCAAAUUUCUUUAUUCUAUGAUGGACAAAGAAAACAUAAAAAAUUUGAACUGGUGUCAGUUUGUAUAUGACUCACUUAUCAAAUGUCAUGUUGAUUGGAGAAAGCAGCAAGGCAAGGGGUUCUACAAAGGCCCUCUUCAAUUUGUGAUGGUAUAUUCUUAGAUACAAGAUGUUCAUUUAA